UUCAGUGAACCUUUGUAUUUCAUACGUUAACGUGCGCACCAUGUGGUCAUUUUGGUCUUUAUUAGUAGUAACUAUUCUGUUUCUUAUAAAAUUCUGUGCAUAUAGUUUUCUCUUAGUGCUUGCUCUCGCUGUCGUUUAUAGACUAUGGGCGGAGCCAGUCAAAGGAGUGUGCAAGUGUACCACGAAGUUAGACGGAAAGGUGGUUUUAGUAACUGGCGGUAAUGCAGGUAUAGGCCUCGAAACAGCCAAGGAUUUAGCAAAAAGAGGCGCUAAGGUCGUAAUCGCCAGCAGAAAUGAUACGAAAUCCCAAGAAGCUGUUGAAAUAAUAAAACAGGCAAGCGGAAACGACAACGUUGAAUACAGACAACUCAAUUUAGCAAAACAAGACAGCAUCGUCGAGUUCGCUGACAAAUUCAACAAAGAUUUCCACCGAUUGGACAUCCUCGUCAACAACGCUGGUGUUGGUGUAGAAACAACGGCUAAUUUAGACAACGGUGUGGAUUUAUUGAUGCAAAUAAAUUACGUCGGACCCUUCCUUCUAACACAUUUAUUGUCAGAAAAACUCGCAGCAUCCGCGCCAAGUCGUAUCGUCAAUGUCUCAUCCAACCUUUACCUCAUUGCUUUUAAGUUUAAAAUCGAAAAUAUUACAAAAUGUUGGGAAGGACACAUCUUUUUAUUACGAUAUGCAAACGCUAAGCUGUGCGAAAUUUUGUGGACGAGAGAACUUGCUAAAAGACUUCCGCACGGGGUCACUGUUAAUUGUUUACAUCCAGGAAUCAUAAUGACCAAUAUUUUUGAUUACCUCAAUAUAUUUAUCAAGACUGUAAUCAGAGUUUAUACUUUCUUACUAUUUAAAAAUACAACGGAAGGUGCACAAACCACAAUACAUCUAUGUGUUUCGCCAAAUUUAGAACAUUCGUCCGGUGGUUACUACGUGGACUGCAAAAAAGUGAAAUGUAUAAAAAUAGCCGAAAAUGAUGAACUUGCUCGGCAAGUUUGGGAAAGAACGUUAGAAUUAGUAAAACUACCUGCGAAAUAAGAUAUCAUAAUUAUAACUAUGUGUCCUUUGUAGAUUACGAAAUGGGAGUAGAAAAACGUUGUUCUGUCAUAUAUAGUAGAUUGUUAUACAAGGGGCUAAAUAGACCACAUUACAUACGAGGUAUUUUAGGGCACAAGCCGUAAGGCGAGGACCACUAAAUAGAAACCGAGUUUAUAAUGGGUUUAGCCCCGCAUGUUUCACUCUGCUUUUCACAACGAUUGCGAGAAAAUAAAAUAAUUCAGCACAGUA